AUGGACAACCUGUAUGUCUAUGUGGGGAUUAUUGGCAACAUCAUCUCUGUUUUGAUGUUUCUCUCCCCAGUAAAGACGUUUUGGAGAAUAGUGCAGAAAGGAUCAACAGAAGAGUUUCAGAGCCUUCCCUACAUUUGCACUUUGCUGAAUUCAAGUUUAUGGACAUAUUAUGGAAUCACGAAACCAGGAAGUUAUCUGGUCGCAACUGUUAAUGGUUUUGGCAUUGUUGUAGAGAUUCUUUAUAUUUCCUUGUUCCUCAUUUAUGCAUCUCCAGCAACAAGGGCGAAAACGGCGAAGCUAGCUGGGAUUGUGGACGUGGUUGCGUUUGCGGUGGCUGUUUUGGUUACGCAGUUGUUGAUGGAUGGAGACAUGAGGAUUGAUGUGAUAGGUUUGUUGGGUGCUGGGCUUAAUAUUGUCAUGUACGCUUCUCCUCUCUCAGCUAUGAGAUUAGUGGUGACAACUAAAAGUGUUAAGUAUAUGCCAUUUCUUCUUUCCCUCUUCCUCUUUCUGAAUGGUGGUGUGUGGACUUUGUACGCGUUUCUUGUAAACGACUGGUUCCUCGGAGUACCAAAUGGGACUGGAUUUUUUCUUGGAUUUGCACAACUUGCAGUUUAUUCAAUUUACAUGAAUUCUUCUAAACCAUCUAAGAUUGUCAUUGAUGAGUUUCAUGAUGGAAGUCAACACCAACACCUCCUCCCAUCUUCCACUUCCAAUCUCACAGAGCAAAUUUAA